AAUCAUAAAUCAUAUCUAAGACCUUGGUAGACGACGUAGACAUAUUAUAUACACAGAUUAGACACUUGUUGUGUAGGGUGCGGCACGGAUGCGGCAGUGAUGCGGCAAAAUCCUAAGGCCCCUUCCUUAUGUGUCAUGGGCUGUUGGGAGUUGACCGGUCGUGACCAAGCACUAUCACUGGCUGUGUCCGGGACUCCGGGUAUCUGAUAUGACUUGUACGUGAACUGCCAGUUCUUCCCGAUGGUUCCACAGAUGCUGACAAUACCCUCCGUCUGAUGUGGACUAGCAUGCCAUCAAAGAUCAACACCAGCUCCAAUACGUGACUCGGUGCUUACGAAUGAAAGCCAGUCUUAAAAAGAGUUUCAAGGUUGGCCACAGCAGAUCAAAUCCCCCGUGACAGUACUCCACGAUGCAGCCACUUGUCCUGUAUGACAUCGUCUCCAAGCUACCAGGCAAUAACUGGUCGUCCAACCCCGCAAAGCCGAGGUUCGUUUUGAGCUACAAGGAUCUUCCGUUCGUGACCCUCUGGGUUGAAUACUCAGACAUCCCCAUCGCUAUGAAGGCCAUCGGCGCAAAGCCAAACAAACGCCCAGACGGUUCGGACGUCUACACCGUCCCUGUUCUCAGCGAUCCUAACACCGGUGCCCUCAUCACGGAUUCCCUCGAAAUUGCGUCCUACCUAGACAAGACAUAUCCCGAGAAGCUCGUCUUACCAAACAACUCAGAACCCCUGAUACGCGCGUUCGAUUUCGCCCAUUCAUGCCUUCUUCGACCUGCUAUUAAGUUUAUCUUCGCACGCUGCACAGAAAUAUUGAGUCCUGCCAGUGCCGAAUUCUUCACUAAAGCCCGUUCGGUGUACGUCCCGUUGCCCUGGGAUGUGAGCCGUGAUGCAGACUGGGAGCUAUUAGAGAAGGGGUACAAUACUCUGUACGAAUGGUACCAGAAGACUGAUGGGAAGUGGAUCAUGGGCGACACUUUUUCGCAUGCAGACAUCAUUGUUGCUUGUGAUUUGCUGUGGUACAAACGAGUUCUGGAGGAGGAUGAAUGGGCUAGGGUCAGUUCUUGGAACGGGGGGAAAUGGGCCCAAGUCCUUGCAGAUGUUGAGAAGGAGUGUAAAUUGGCUUAGAGGACUACGUAUACUAUAGGAUUUACUUCAGGGACGCUUGGAAGAAUGGUGAAUUCUUUCGAGAGCCAAGCUACCAUAUGCAUCGUAGUCACAAAGUGCGCACCACGGUUCAAACGUUCAUGGCCUAGAGUCCCGGUCAACGGCGGUCGUGUUGAUCCAAAGUUUAAGUCGGCUCGCCAGACUCGCGUGGCGAAAUCGAAACAGCGCGGCCGGUGAAACAAGUAGUAAGUUUAUAGAUAUUCAUGAAGUCGGAAUCCGAGGAGUCUAUUAAUACGAUGAUGUCAUGAC